AGGCAAAGCGGGCACAGGAAAACAGAGCACUCGAGUAUGGUGGACUAGCCCCCUCUCCUCCCCCGUCACGGCGGCGGCGCACACUAAUCCCCUCCACCUUGCUCACAACCUCCUCCAAUGGAAACCCCGAAAUCAAUCCACCACGAGAGCGGUGAGGAGCGCCUCCGCCGGAUCCGCGCCAACCUCGGCCUCCUUGACCCGCCCGUGGCCCCGUCCGCCGCCCACGACGAAGGCCUCCGCGCCCGCGCCCUCGGCCUCCUCGACUUCGUCCGCCUCGACCUGUCCUCCUCCGGCGCCCCGCGCCCGGACCUCGUCGCCGAGCUCAUCGCCAACUACAAGCCGUCCCCGAAUCCCGGAUGGAGCUCCGUCCGUGGCCAAAAAAUCGAGGUCUCCAUCGAUUCAUUCGCCCAGGCGCUCCGCCUCCCAGGAAAACCUCUGUUCACUUACCCUUAUCCUGCCAGCGCCGUCGUGACCUCCGCCGCCGAAGAGUUCAUGAAGGUUUACAUCCUGGGGCCAAUAGAGUCUUCCACCGACAGGAAGCGCAGGCUGCCGCGGACGGUGGAUGAUGCAUUGAGGAAUUUGAAGGAUCUUCGGGCGCAUUGCAUUGACUGGGCAAAACUUAUCUGGGAACGAGUGCAGGAGGAGAUGCAACAACUGAUUGACAAUAAUAGGACCAGCACGGCAUGCUACUACGGUGCGUACCUGCAGAGGCUCAUCUGGGUGCAGAGCCAAAACCUCUUCCAGCUGCCACCAGAGCCGCCACUGGUAAAUGCACCACCCCAGCCAGCUGCAUUGUGCCCCCAGAAAAAAAGGCUAAAAAUCCGACUUCCGGUCAAUGAGAGCCAAAAGGUUGGCUCCCAAGCGAGUUCCGAGAAGAUUGAUGUGGGGCUAGAGAAGAUGAAUGCAACAUCCAAGGUGAUGAUAGAUGGGGCGUUAGAGAAGAUCGAUGCGGCGCUAGAGAAGAUGAAUGCAGCAUCCAAGGUGAUGAUAGAUGGGGCGUUAGAGAAGAUCGAUGCGGCAUCCAAGGUGAUGAUAGAUGCGGCAUCCAAGAUGAUUGAAGCCACAUCCAAGCAGCAUGACACUAGAGCUGGCGAGCAAGAUGGUGACAUGCAGGAGAUGCAGUCACUCGUCCAUACGCUGGUUACCAAGGAACGACAAAGCAAUGGCGAGUUGCAACGUGCUCGGAAAAUUCUGAUAGAUGAACUGCCGAAGUUUACAAAUGUGCAGGAACAUAUAGGCAUCAAAUGGAUGGGUGAGCUGGAUCUGAAAGCAUUUGCGAAUGCUUCUUGCAGCAAAAAUGUGCCACAAGAAGAUGCACAAGUGAACUCUGCUAUUCUUUGUUCAAAAUGGCAAGCUGAAAUCGCAAACCCGGGCUGGCAUCCUUUUAGGGUAGUCAUGGUUGAUGGUCAAGAGACGCAAAUUCUCUCAGAGGACGAUGACAAGCUACGCAGCUUAAAAGAGGAGCAUGGUGAGGAAAUCUACAGCUUGGUGACAAAGGGGCUGCUUGAGAUGAACGAGUACAACCCCAGCGGACGCUACGCCACACCGGAGCUGUGGAACCGUAAGGAUGACCGGAAAGCAACACUGGAGGAAGCCAUCCAGGUCCUCCUGAAACAGCUGCAGUCACGCAAGAGGACGCGCCGAUGAGCGAUGAGCCCCUUGUACGUGCUUGUUGAACUUAACUCUAAUGUAGUCGUAGUGCUGGUGGAUUAGUUAGAGGUUUGUAGUGGUUCAGUGGUUCUUAAUUAAUGCCCAUGAUCGCCUUUCGCUAGCUGUACAAUUUAGCUAGGCGAUGCUCCUGUUGGAUGUGUGUCCUUUGGCAUGAUGGAUGCUAGCACUAAUCUCAGAAUGUAUUUUGUAUGUAGCCCUGGCAUGGAUGCUAGUGCUAAUCUCAGAAUGUUCAAUUAGGUUUCCUCUA